AUGAGAGAAAAAAAGAAAGAUAAAGAAAAGAGAGAGGCCCUGGAAGAGGACCCAAGCUAUAUCUUUGAUCCAGAAGAAGUACAAUCAUCUGGAUGUAUUCAUGAAGUAAACAGCUAUAAACACAAUGAACAAGGCAGCAAUAAAUCCAAAUUCAAAGAUAAUAGUGAAAAUGAAGAACCCAAAAAUGAACUCCAGCAGGAUGAGAUAAACAAAACAGAAACUAAAAAUCCAGUCAACAGUAUAACAGAAACUCUCUGGAAUCACAGAGGCAAUGAUUCUCAAGAGGAUGGCCUUAUGAAGUGUGCUGCAAAGCUUGAUGUUGCAGUCAAUGGUGGCAACUCCUGUGCUCAGCACUCCGUGCUCAAUCCCAACACAAGCCCAGCGAAAGAAACCAGUGAAAAGGGAACCUCCAGCCAGUCAGAGGCUUCUCCAGCCAGCAAUAGAGACUUUUACACCAAAUCAAAUAGGUCUGGACAAGAGCUUGACCUAGAGACAGGCAGUCAGAGUAAGGCAGCCAGCAAUGUGCCUAACAGUAUUCCAGACUCCCAGUCUGCAGGAGACAGCAUCUUUCUCAAACGAAACUCAAUACUGGAAACAGAAAACAAUACCAUAAGACUGCCAGAUAUUGAUUAUCCCCAAAAUGGCAAUCAAACUGGGAACUAUGUUAAAAAAGACAGCUUUUCAGCCAAUUGCACACUUUCAGACCAAAACACUGGUACUUCAGCAAUAAAGGACCAGGACCCCCUUACUUGGCCUGUGAAAGAGAGCAGUAUUGAACCUUUUAAAACUGACUGUGCAAGUUUGGGUGAGAGCCUUACUGCUGGUAUCACUGCAAUGGCUGUUACCAAAGUCCCACAGGUACCCACACAUACCAGCUAUAAAGAUGUCAAUGGAGGAAUUGAGGAGGAAGAUGCAGAAGUUGCAGCAGCUCUGGCUGCACUGGAAGCUGCAACAGCAGGAGAAGACGUGGAAGAUGAUGACGAGUAUGAGAUGGUUUCUUUCCAACACACUGGCUGGAAAGGGACAUCUAUAUUGGAGACCAUCCAGGUGAAAAAAGAGACCGAAUUCCAAAACCCAAGGGACAUUUAUACCCGCAGAAUGGGAGGCGGGGACGGAGGGCUGCAGCCAAUGGGAUACCAGUGA